AUGGUGCCUGAGGUGAUGAGCGCGAAGACUGUGCGUCGGGCUGUUUUUGAAGGAGGAAUUGCAGCAGAGAUUCAGCUUGGGUAUGAGAUAUCGCAGGCAAAGAGCUUUACUCUCAGUGGUGAUGGAACAUCUCACCGGCAUACCAACUACGAGUCACGACAUAUUGCUUUGCAAACUCCAACAUACACUGACUCCAUCGGCAGCACUUCUACUACUGCGCCAAAAAAUCGCCUAGUUGGUGUCGACUCAUCGGUAGACCACACCAGUGAAAAUCAAUUUGCAGGAUGGCUUACCAAGUUUGACGGACUCUCCACAACAUUCAAUAGGUCAUCACUUGCAAGACGCACUGAAUCAACUCUUGAGCUCGAGGACUUUGCUGUGAAGGCAAAAGGGAUGGCAGGAGAUCAUGCGACUGAUCAGAAAAAACAAUACCGCAUAUUCAAAGCAUGGAAGGAUGACACCAUUCGGAUGAUGCUUGCCCACAAAUUCUUAGAGAAGCAACCAUCACAGACACUCAGCGACUUCCUUGCCCGAUCAAUGGACCUUACAGUGAUGGCAGCAGGUGGCGAAGCAAAGUGGAAUGAGCUCUCACACGAUGAACAAGUUUCACUCAAUCUGGCCAAAAUGAAAGAGGAGUACUUGCAACUAGGAGAGAAGAGGUUUGGAAACUUGCCUGCGGAAGAGAAACGGGGAUUCGAGCUGUUUCUCUGGCUGGGUUGCUGUAUGCAUAAGGACCUGAACAGCGUAAAAGGCGGGAACAUAACAAUGUCUGGAGUAUGGCAAAAAAAUGGCCUGACUCCUCCAAUGUUGUUGGCAAACAAAGACAAUGCCGUGACUUUGCGAGGAAUCUCUCAGCCAUCGACAAGUGCUGAAAUUCGUGCUAUGGAUGUGUCAGCUCAUGGCGGUGUCAAACUUGCCAGUCUUGCAGGUGCAAUUUUCAACCAUAAGGACGACAAGAAAGGACAACAAGAUACUCAAUUGUACUACUUCCGGCAAAUUGUAGGGCACACAACAAUUUUCCCCGAUACCAGCAAUACUCGCUACCAGACAUAUUGUGCUGCUGCAGAAGAACUUCUCGUACACCGCCUAGAAUAUGUUCACUUUCUCAAGGUCAUUCGUGAUAAGAAGGACAAGCCUGGAUUCAAUCAUAUGGAGCAGAAUGUCUAUGAUGGACUCCAUGACAUUCCUACCCUGACAGAACUGGCAGUAUUGGCCUUAUAUUCACAGGCAGUCACUCGCCCAUACAUGCGAGUUGCUCGCAUUCGUCAAAAUGGCUUGAAACUCGGACCUUUGCAUGCUCAACUCAAGAUGUUUGUCAAGCUACUCAUUGAUGAUCCCGAGUUAGUCCUAUCCUCAGAAGCAACAUUUCAUUCUGGGGCUAUGGAUCAGAAAGAAUGGGACCGCCCAGAGGCUGUUGCAGCUGUGCAUGAGCUGUCUUCACAGUUGCCAUAUCUCAAGGUUGCAUUUGUUGCAUUCUUGGAAGGUGCUUUGAUAACUUGGGAGAGAUUCACAGAGGAGUUCACACCAGGUGGUGCCAUUGAUCAGGCAACUUCAGAGGAAUUAGACGAGGCAUGGAUGUUCUCAACAAAUGACGACAACGAAGGUGCACUUGGUGGGCUUCGUUUGUGGAAACGCAGAAAUCCAAAUGGCACACAAGCAUAUUUCAAUGCACAGAAGAAACACGACCACAAUGAUACAGCAAAUUUUAUGACCGCAAUGCUCACAGAAGAAGAUCAUCAGCAUAUUCGGAGGGAAGCACGGAUUCUUGAUGAAAGCAAGCAUGAGGCUAUCCGUCGCAAACAGCAAGUAGACCACGACAUUCAAGUGGCGGCAGCAACAGCUCAACAACGUGAAGAGAAGGAGAAGAAGCACAAGGCCAAAAUAGCCACCAUUAAAGCAACUCCUCUGAUUUUUGCGGACACUGAACUUGAAAAGCUCAAGAAGACUCAGCUCGAGGCACAGCUUGCAGUGUACCGGCUCAAUGACCCAGAGGUUCCACUCAAAAGUAAAGUUGGUAAGCGAGAAAAUGUACUUACUGAACUGCGAAAAGCCAUAGCACGAUACAAGGCGGCAGAAGCAGCCGGAAAUACAAGUCAGGCUGAGUCCAGCAAUACAAGUGAAGCAGAGAUGUGCAUGGGGGUGGAUACUGACCUAGAAACAGACUCCGAAGACUGA